AUGAAUUGGUCGCUCGUCUAUUUUUUGUUCAUUUACACUGUCUACACAGUAGUUUGUUCAGAGACAACUGAUGUGUUUGAAUUUGGGACCAAUGUGGGCCGCGUCUCUUUUAACGUGGCGGGGUCUAUCGGCAACUUGCCACAGGAUAAAUUUACCAAUAUUCCUAUUACAGUUGGUUACUGCAUGAGAGUAACGUACGUGCGCGUGGAAGUAGACAACAAGCAUGCACCACCGGUAGUAACUCUGGACUACAAUGUCAACACGGUCACCAUCAAGUACCGCUGGCACCAAAUAAGUACUUCGACGUUCAUGGUCACCGCUAAAGCUGUACCAAUACCUGGCUGCUCUGCUGUAAUUAAUAUCUAA